AUGAACACUGGAUCGUCGUUGAAAGCCCUUGCUUCUCCUCCUCUGAUUUCUACCUCCUUAAGACCAAAGAGAAAAUCUUUCCCUAACCCUAAAUUCUCUCCUAAAACGAUUAGAUGCAUGCUCGAUUCUAACAUCAAUCUCAAUUUCGGUUCCAAUCCAAACCCACCAACCCAUGAUUUCCCUGUCUCUUACGCAACUGUUUCCCUCGAAGCUCCCCUGAAAACAACAACAACUUCCGACAAGCUCCACCUCCUCGUAUCCGAGUUCCGGUCUUUAACCGAACCCAUCGACCGUGUAAAACGUCUCUUGAACUACGCAUCAACUCUAACCCCACUCGACGACUCGGCUCGUGUUCCGGCGAACAGAGUCACGGGCUGCACGACUCAGGUUUGGUUAGAGAUCAAGAUGGACGAGUUUGGUAAGAUAAGAUUUAAAGCAGACAGUGAUUCAGAGAUCUCGAAAGGAUUCUGUUCUUGUCUUAUCUGGAUCCUCGACGGUGCUAAGCCAGAGGAAGUGAUGGGCGUUAGGAGCGAGGACUUGUCGGUGAUGAACGUUGGGGUUCAUGGUAAGGCCCAAUCAAGAGUUAACACGUGGCACAACGUGUUGUUGAGUAUGCAGAAACGGACCAUGGCCCUCUUUGUUGAUGCUGACGUGGCGCACCGAGAAAGAGACAGACCAUCGCAUGAUCUUUUGUUUGGAUACGUUAAUGGAAGUUACAUGGAAUCUUCUUCUUCUUCUAAGCUUCCUGAUUACUCCAUUUCGUUGCUUCCUUUGUAUUAUGAUUUUACUAUAUGA